ACUUUGCUCUCUUCUCCUCGAUUUCAAUCUUCGAGAUAAAACCACAAAAACAUCCGAUCAAAGGUUUAUAAUUUAAAAACAAAAAAAAACAAAAAAAUGAGGGCGGAGUUGAAUUUACCGGCGGGAUUCCGAUUUCAUCCGACGGAUGAAGAGCUAGUUAAGUUCUAUCUUUGCCGGAGAUGUGCAUCGGAGCCGAUUAACGUUCCGGUUAUCGCAGAGAUUGAUCUUUACAAAUUCAACCCAUGGGAGCUUCCAGGAAUGGCGUUGUACGGUGAGAAAGAGUGGUACUUUUUCUCACAUAGAGACCGGAAAUACCCAAACGGUUCGAGACCAAACCGGGCAGCUGGAACCGGUUAUUGGAAAGCUACCGGAGCUGAUAAACCGAUCGGUAAACCGAAGACGUUAGGGAUUAAGAAAGCACUCGUCUUUUACGCGGGGAAAGCUCCUAAAGGAAUCAAAACGAAUUGGAUUAUGCACGAGUAUCGUCUCGCUAAUGUUGAUCGAUCUGCUUCUUCUACUACCAACAAGAACAACAACAACUUGCGACUUGAUGAUUGGGUUUUAUGUCGGAUUUACAAUAAGAAGGGGUCAAUGGAGAAGUAUUUACCGGCGGAUGAGAAACCGACGGCGAUGAUGAUGACUACGUCGGACUCGAGGUGUUCAAGUCACGUGAUUUCACCGGAUGUCACGUGUUCCGAUCACUGGGAAGUUCAGAGCGAGCCCAAGUGGUUUGAGCUCGACGAUGCGUUAGACGCCUUUGAUGAUAAGUCCAUGUUUGGUGGUGGUGGUACUGGCGGCGGCUCCAUAGAGUUGUUGCAAAAUGACGCUUUUGUCCCUCAGUUUCCGUACAGUUCCGAUUUCGCCGCUCCGUUUCAGGACGACUCGCCGGAGCAAAAACCGUUCUUGAAUUGGAUGAGUUUUGCUCCUCCUCCUCAGGGCUGAGAGUUCUGAAAUCUGGAAGAAAAAAAAAAAUUGAAGCUUUUUUCAGAGUAUUCUAUUCGACGACCACCGCGCCGUGUCGGAUUCCUGACCCGGAAUACCAAAUCGGGUCAUACAAUUACGGAAUCGGGUUGUUGGAUUUCAGAGACUUAACCAACUUAACAGAUUCUGGGUAAUUGGGGAGGGGUUUCCACUGGUGGGUGAAUCACACUCUCAUCAGCAAGUUUCGAUUUUUUUGGUUUAGUUUCUGUUGUUUUGUUCAACUGUCUAAAGAUAUUAUGACAAAGUAGGUACAGAGGAACUGUAAAAGUAGUCAUUGUAACCAUAAUGAAUAUAUUCAUCAUAUUCAAUGAAGCAUGAGCUUGUUUUUCUUA